GCUCAAGGAUUGGGUUCAGAUGGAGGGAGGCAGAGGGGUGAUUUUCAGGCAGAAAAGGGGGGAGAAAGGAUGUGGGAAGGGCGUUAGAGAUCACUGAAAAAAAGUUAGGGAAAAAAUGGACAAUGUGGGCAGGGUCUUAGCUGGUCAGUGUGCAUGGGUGUCUGUGAGUCAGAGAGAGAAAAGGAGGAACGGAAAGAGUUUGGAGGGGGUAUAAAAGCCGCACAGUUCUCUUCCCAUAGCUCUCAACAGCUGACGUCCCUCAGCAUACACUCAUUCUCUCGUGCAGUCAGUACUUCCUUCCUCCACCACCAUGAGCUUCUAUGCACCUCAGGCCUCUCACAUCUCCUUUACCCGCUCUGUGCCGGUACACCGUGCUGCUAGCACGUAUGGCGGGGCAGGUGGACAUGGCACCAGGAUCUCAUCUGGCUCUUCCAUGUCUCUCCGUUCUGCUCCUAGAAGUGGGGGCAUUUCUUCCUUCACAGCCUUCAAGGUGAGCUCAGCCGGCAUGGGUGCUGGUGCAGCGGGGUCCCUCGCAAGCGUUGCCUCUACAGGGUCCAUCCUGGGCAACGAGAAAGGCCAGAUGCAGAAUUUGAACGACCGUUUGGCCACUUACCUGGAAACGGUGCGCCGGCUGGAGCAGGAGAACAGCAAACUGGAGAUGCAGAUCAGAGAGGCCCUAGAGAAAGGUGGACCAGAAACACGCGACUACAGCAAGUACAACGCAAUCCUGGAUGACCUGAGGAGGAAGGUGUUUGAUGCCACUUUGGACAAUGCUCGUCUUGUUCUGCAGAUUGACAACGCUCGUCUGGCUGCAGAUGACUUCAGAGUCAAGUUUGAGAAUGAGAUGGCCAUCAGGCAGUCCGUGGAAGGAGACAUUGCAGGUCUGAAGAAGGUCAUUGAUGACACCAACGUUGGUCGCCUGAAUGUGGAGGGUGAAAUUGAGUCCUUGAAAGAAGAGCUUGUUUUCCUCAAGAGAAACCAUGAAAAUGAAGUUGGGGAGCUGCGAAACCAGAUUGCCCAAUCAGGUGUUCAGGUGGACGUUGAUGCACCGAAGGGGCAGGAUCUGUCUCAAGUAAUGGAAGACAUGAGGGCUAACUAUGAAAAACUUGCACUUAAAAAUGCAGAGGACCUCAAAAUGUGGCACGAAUCCCAGAUGUCAGAAGUUCAGGUGCAGGUGGCUCAGAACACAGAAGCAUUACAAGGUGCACAGAUGGAGAUGAAUGACCUACGGCGGCAGAUUCAUACGCUAGAAAUAGAGCUUGCAUCCCAACAAAGCCUGAAAGCAUCGCUUGAGGACACACUGCGGAACACAGAGCUACGUUCAAACGCAGAGGUGGAGAAGUACAACACCAUCAUACUGCAGUUUGAAGCUGAGCUGGCACAGCUGAGGUCAAAGAUCACAGAGCAGGGUCAGGAAUAUGAAGCCCUGCUUAAUAUGAAGAUGAAACUAGAAGCGGAGAUCAACACUUACAAGAAACUUCUAGAUGGGGGAGACUUCAAGCUCCAGGAUGCACUUGAUGGCCGAGAGUAAUAUUACAGGCAGCGAUCUUGAAGAGCAGACCACAAAACAAACUUAACAUUUUAGAUAGCAUGCACAUGGAAACCUGUGGUGAAUCUUUGCCAUUUAAAAGUCCCCUUUCUCCUUUGACUAGACUACAAUUUAUAGCACACAACAAUUUCAGUAUGAUGUCAUUUACAGGGUAAUUGCUUUCUGUCAACAAAGCCUGUUCCACCCUACACUCUGACUUUACACAGAUGUUCAAGUUACAGAACAACAAAGGCAGCUUUUAGAACAUCAGUUGUGUAUUGAGUCUUUAUAAUACAUAAUUCCAUGUCACUGCACAAAUUAUACAGUCAGUUUAACUAUUACAAUGAAAUGUGAAGAGAAAUGUGAACUUCUCAAAGCAAUAAUGAAAUAAAAACAUGCUUUCUAGGUAAAAUUUGGAAUCAAGCAAACAU